UGAACGCCUCGGUGUUGGUUUUUGAAGCUAUAAUCAAGAUCGAGAAGUCUCGCGAGAAACGCAUUAAAAUUUUCCAUGAUUUUAUACAAGAGAGACUGUGCUAAUGUGACAGAAUGUCAGAAACCUACGAUUUUCUAUUCAAGUUUUUAGUUAUUGGCAGUGCAGGAACAGGAAAAUCCUGCAUACUUCAUCAGUUCAUAGAAAAUAAGUUUAAGAAGGAUUCCAACCACACAAUUGGGGUAGAGUUUGGAAGUAAGGUUGUGAAUGUUGGAGGGAAGUCUGUCAAACUCCAGAUCUGGGACACCGCUGGGCAGGAACGAUUCCGCUCGGUGACUAGAAGUUACUACAGGGGAGCUGCUGGCGCUCUACUGGUUUAUGACAUCACAAGUCGUGAAACGUACAAUGCCUUGACAAACUGGCUGACUGACGCCAGAACCUUGGCCAGUCCAAAUAUUGUCAUUGUCUUAGUGGGAAACAAGAAGGACCUGGAACAGGAGCGAGAGGUCACCUUUCUGGAGGCCAGCAGAUUUGCACAGGAAAAUGAACUAAUGUUUCUAGAAACCAGUGCUCUAACAGGUGAAAAUGUAGAAGAAACCUUCCUGAAAUGUGCCAGGUCUAUUUUGACUAAGAUAGAAUCAGGAGAACUGGACCCAGAACGCAUGGGAUCAGGUAUACAGUAUGGAGACACCUCUCUCAGAAGAUUACCCAAAGAGUCGAAUGGACCCAGUGGAAAGCGUGCAGAUUGUGCGUGCUGAGAGUUGUUGCUCUUUACCUGACAAGAUCUGAUUUCAUGUACAUAGUCCUGUACUAAUCCAUAUCUCAUAUCAUUGCCUUAGUAGCAAUUUGCUGGAAACAGCCUUUACCUGCUCAUAUGUACAAGCAUGUGUUGGUUCAGCAUAGCAUAAUUAUGUUAGCAUAUUGGUUGUGCUACAAAAAGAGUGUGCUUUAGAGAGAAAUGUGGAGUGCUUUUGUUAUUGAAGUUAUUUUGGUGAGAGGAAGUUGUUAGCAAUUAUUUAACGCACAAGUAUAGUACACAAAAUCCAAUCUCCAUUUAUAACAGAGACACAAGACAUUUAAUGAUCAAACUUAAACCUUGACCUUUGCAUCAAAAAAGUUACUGCAGAUUAAAAAAAUUCCAAAUUGCACAUUUUCAGUCACACCUUAGGAUAGAAAUUCCUGAAUUUAUGAAUGUAGAAUGUUCUGUCUGCUUUGAGAUAGAAUACACUCUGAUAAUUAUAUGUUAUACUUAGUGGUGCAGUCUCUCAUAAUUAAGUCAAAGGCAAUGAAGAAUUACAAGGAGUUGGUGUUUCAAAUUGUGUAAUUGCAUGUAUGUGUUAAAAACAAAGUAAACUUUGUGGACAUGUUUGUACUGCCCCAGGCAUUGCUUAUGUGUGUAAUUUAUACAAGGUAUUUAUUCAUAUAUUAGACACAGGCUUGAAUAUCCAAUUUUCAUAUUUAUUUCAUAUUAUACCAGAUAUUGAUUAUUGCAUCAUAUUCUUAGUUCUUGAGAAUAUUGACUUGAAAAAUAUCUCCACUGCUGUAAAAAAAAAAAAAAAAAAUGAACAUGACAUUUUUUGUUAUUUUUGUGACACUUUGUUAUUAAGUCACUCUUGAGUGCACUCUUGACCAGGGGUCAAUGUAAAAUGUCAGUUAAUUUGAAAUUGAAAAUAUUUCAUAAUUUUUGUAUCCAUUCCCUGUUUGCCUUGUAGAUGCCUCAUCUCAUUAAGUUUUUUUGAUUCUUUAUUUUAUUUAUUCCUUAUUGUAUGUUUUACGAGUAUGUUUCAUACACUAAAUAUGAUUUUCAUUUAUUAUGUGAUUUCACUAACUAGUUUUUGUGUAAGAAGGAAAACCAUUCUUUGAUCAACGAACUUGUUUUAGAGGAAUUUAUGCAGUUGAUUUUUAAAAAACUAUCUAUCUAUGGCUCAUUUGAAAGUUGUUUAAUUCUUUACAUUCCCUUGCACAAAUGCAGCAUUUCAGAAUUGUACAACCUUGUUUUGAAUUUUUUAUUAAAUUGAAGUUUGUUUCAUUGUCCAUUCAACUGUAAGAAUAACGUCACACAUACAGAUAUAGAAAAACAACACACACACCUUCCAGUUCUAAUGAUACUUUGAUAUGUCCAAAAUCACAAACACCAAAUAAUAUUCUCCUUAUGCAUUGGGUUUAUCAGAUGACAGUGCUUAUUUGCUUCUCAUUCAAUGAUGGAAAUUCAUGGUUGAUAAUACUACAUGAAACUGACAUGAAUGUAGUGCAAGGAACCUCAGAUUUCUGACAGUGGUUGUAAAGGAAUCAUAAUAAAACAGUGGACAAGGAUUAUCAUAGCAAUUUGGAAUGGGACCAUCUUGUCCACUAUCUGUUUAUUAACCAUAGUUCAGUUUUUCGUUGUUUUUUUUAUCAAACUGCAUUUUUUGUAGCUUUGGUAUCCUGCAUUCAAAGCUAUUUUCAUCAGCACGUUAAAUUCCUAUACUGUUAAAUCAAAGUUUAAAGCACCAUCCUUUAUUUGUAAUAGCAAUUCGAAAUAUAUGAAAUAUUGUGUCAUAUAAAUGUGUAUGACAAGAAUGUUGGUUUUGUCUUGAAGGAUGGUUAGAUACUGGAGACCUAAAUUUGAAGUCUUAAUAGAGUACAUGUUUCAUAAAAGUAGUGUGUUUAUCAAGUGCUUUCGAAUUAUACACACCUUAUAUCCAAUGCAGUAUACGUGUGUGAGUUGAUUGUAGAAUCCCUGUUGGUUGUUUAUUGAAUGAAAUUAGUUGUUAGUAGUCAUUAAAAUGUACAAAACAAUUCAAUAUUGGUCUUUAAGGUGGUCAUGCUAUUUUCUAGUGACAAUGGAGGGGACUGUCCCUCCUUCAAUCUGAUUUUAGAAGGGAUAUUGUGUACAGUAUCAUAUGAAUGUUCACAUACAUGAGCAAUGACUGAAUGCAAGACAUUAGUAUUUUUAUGCCCCCCUCCCCCUUUUCGAAGAAGAGGGAAUAUUGUUUUGCACAUCAGUUGGUAGACAAUAAGAUGUCUGGCCAAGAUCUUGAGACACCACUGUACUGUACUAAUGGUCAUCAAACUUUAAUGAUGACCAUCAAACUUUAUUAAUAUUUUGAUGAUGACCAUCAAACUCUAUAAUUAUUUUGAUGAUGACCAUCAAAUUUUAUAGAUAUUUUGAAUAUGACUACAUGUAUUUAAGAUUGUUUUCCACUAUGCAUACACCACGUUUUUGCAGGUCUGAUUUCCAGAUAAUCAUUAAACUUUUAAGGCAGGUCAAUGAUGACCAGUAAAUUUUAAAGGAUCUAGAUUAUUUGUUAAUAUUUUUCAGAUAUACAUGUAUGGCUAAAACCUUCAAGAAACAAGUCAUUUAGAAAAAAGAUGAAUUAGACAAGUAUAUAUAUAUAUUUUUAAAGAAAUUGAAAAUGAAUAUUGCUGUUUUUCAUAUUUGAACCAAACCCGAGAUACUGCAACAAUUCAGUUGAUGCAGGCUGUCCAGUGGCCCUAAAAUGCCUUUAAAAAUCCUAAUUAUUUUUAGUUUUGCUAAAAUUCCUAAAAAUAUGUUCAACUCAUGGGGAAAUCCUGAAAAGCCCUAAUUUUUUAUGUCAAUUCCUUAUUAUUUUUACUUUGCUAAUCUUGCAAUUUUGAAAAUGUAUUCAUAAUAAAUGUGUAUGAACGUA